GUCCUCGCCCUUCACUACAACUACACGGGGAAGCUCCACAGCGGCCGCUACCGCAGCGCGCUGCGCCCCGAGACCCUCCUCUUCCUCCUGGGCUGCGCCUUCAUCGUGCUCGAGAACCUGGUGGUGCUCGUCACCAUCUGGAGGACCAAGAAGCUCCAUUCCCCCAUGUUCUACCUCCUGGGCAACCUCACCCUGUCCGACCUCUUGGCCGGCAUCGCCUACACGGCCAACAUCGUGCUCUCGGGCUCCACCACGCUGCGCCUCACGCCGGCGCUCUGGUUCCUGCGGGAAGGAGGGGUGUUCCUCACGCUCUCCGCCUCGGUGCUCAGCCUCCUGGCCAUCGCCGUGGAGCGCCACCUCACCAUGGCCCGGCUGCGGGUAGCGCAGCCCGAGCAGCGCACCCGCAUGUGGGCGCUGGUGGCGGCCAGUUGGGGCGCGGCGGUUGCGCUCUCGGCUCUCCCCGCCCUGGGCUGGAACUGCCUCGGGGACCUCCCCGCUUGCUCCACGGUGCUCCCGCUCUAUUCCAAGCGCUACGUGUCCUUCUGCGUCGCCGUGUUCCUCGGCAUCCUCUUGGCCAUCGUGGUGCUCUACGCGCGGCUGUACCGCGCGGUGCGGCGCGCAGCCAACCUGCGCCCCGCGCACGCCGCGCCCGCGCUGCUCAAGACGGUGGCGGUGGUGGUGGGCACCUUCAUCGCCUGUUGGUCGCCCCUCUUCCUCCUCCUGCUGCUGGACGCCUGGUGCUGCCCCCGGGCUUGCGCCGUGCUCUAUCACGCCGAUUACUUCUUGGGUUUGGCCAUGGCCAACUCGCUGCUCAACCCGCUCAUCUACACCGGCACCAGCCGCGAGCUCUGCCGAGCCGUGGCGCGGCUGCUGCGCGGCGCCGGCGGCUGCUGCCGCCGCCGCGGGGACGAGCGGGGCCAGAGGGACACGCAGGGGCAGGGAGCGGGGACGAGGGGGAGCGGGAGCCGGUCCGGGAGGGGAGGGGAGGCGGUGCAGGGGUGA